AUGGGUUUUGAUUCGGGCAUUUGCAGAUUCUCUCUGAGCUUAAAGUUCGUCGCUUUUUCCGCAAGAGCUGUGCUCUCACUUGUCAUUAAAGUGGAUCUGGAUUCUGGGAGUUUGAGCAAUUUUCAAACGAACCAAAUGGACCCGAAAAGUGGUUCGAAAUCGAACAGUGUUGGUGAUAAUGCUGUGAUUGUAGCUGGUGAAACCAGUGCCUCUGUCUCAAGACAUGAGUUAACUAAAGAACAAGGAGAAGAAAAAGAUGUUCACAAGAAUGAUCCAAGAAUGGCCAAAGAUGGUGUUAGAUGCAGUAACAUUUCAAUUGGCGCUGUUCACGAGGAAGUUGAGGAUAAGGAGGCAGAGAGUGAUACUUCAGCAAAAGCGAAGGAGAAGAAGGAGUUUCACAUGGUUGAUAUGAGUGGUGGUGGAGAAGAGAGUGAAGAGCAAAGAAUCUGCAGAAUUUGUCAUUUCGGUUCUGAUCAAACACCGGAUAGAGUUUCUUGUGGUAAGCCAGUGAGUCCGGACUUGGUUGAGAUUGGUUGCGCGUGUAAAAACGAACUUGGCCUGGCACAUUUACAUUGCGCUGAAGCUUGGUUCAAGCUAAGAGGAAACAGUGUUUGUGAGAUCUGCGGUUGCACGGCAAAGAAUGUGACAGUGAGGUUAACAGAGGAGUGUGGCGAAGAGAGGGAGAUUACAUUGGAUGAGAGAAGAAGGCGUGGAAGAGGACAAUCUUGCUGCAUCUUUAUGGUUUUUCUGCUUACUAUCAUUGUUCUUCAUUGGUUUUUCAAAAAGAUUACAAGUUACUACCAAAACAAUUGA